AUGGGAGCCGUUGCGAAAGUUUAUGAUGAGGACCCUACAGAAAUAACGUUUGUUUAUGAUUGGUCAGUACAGAUUUUUCAACCGGUCAAUGGUUUCAAUGUUUUCGGUGAUACCGAAACAUUCUGCACUAAUUAUCGAAAUGCUAGUCAUGAAUGGAUGGUACAUUUAUACAGGACCAACUUUGGUGUACCAUCGAGACCUAGGAUACAUCUAUAUUUGGAACAAAGUAGGGUGGUAACAACUCAUCCAUCUCCUAAAGAAUGUAAAUUUUCGUUCAGACUGCUGGAAGAUGAUACUUAUCAUGGAAGUGUAACCGCUGUGCGUUCUGUGACGACGUUUUCAUCAAUGGACAGUUUUCGAGUGCCUAGAGAUUCACAGUUUGUGGAGUCGUUAACGCAGUGUUUCACGAAUCAGUCUAAUAGUGGGAAAACAAUCGUGAUUACGGUUGACCUUUUAUUCAGUACAGAGUCUUUUAAUUUGGGCUUUAGUAAUUGGAUGAGUAUGGUUCCAGCACCGCCUGCUGAUAUCACAAACGAUUUUCGCUUCAAAGUUCUCAACAGUGAAGGAGCCGAUUUUACCAUACAUUGUCGGGAUGGCGAUCUUAAAAUAUCGAAAAGUGCAUUGUUCUUAAGCUCCGAUUACUUUCGCUUUUUGUUCACUGCAAAUGAUGAAGGAUUAAUGUCUAAAGAACAGUCAGUACCCGAUUACAAUCUGGAAUCCGUUCGCAAGGUGUUAGUAUUUAUGAUUACGGGUACAUUUGAGAUGCCAGACAAUUUGACACCGGAAUUGGCUAGAGAGCUAAUUGAUAUAACAAUGCAUUUUAAACCAUUAAAUCGUGAUGCGCUUAGAAAUACUAUUCAUCGUGCUCUUUGCAAAUUGUUGGUGAAGGAUUUUCUAGUCUUGGAUAAGAUUGUUCAUUUCUUGGUGUUUGCACACGAAAUGAAUCUAUCACAGUUGAAACUAAUGUGUAUGUCAAUUAUCGUUUAUGAACAUUAUAAACGAUUCAAGCAGCAGUAUAAUGAGGAAUCACCGAACGCAGAUCACCGAGCACUUCAUGAACGCUUGCGUCGUAGUGGCCUCCUUUUAACUGUUUCCCCACUAUCACGAAUUGACUCAAUCCGACGACAGUCGCUCAAAUGUCGACGAGUUUUUCGUUAUGGAGCACAAUCGAAUCUGAAUUCGUUCCAAAUGCCUAGAAAUUCGAAUGAUACGAUGUGGAGUGAUUUGGAUUAA